AUGGCGCCCACCCAGGCGCCCAAUCCCAGCUCUUUAAAGACUACAUUUCCACCGUUGACGCGAGCUACGACCCUACCGUCGGUAUCGCGAAACCUCGCGACAGAUCGCACGCUUCUCACGCCCGAAGAUGCCAUGUACCAAGGGUCCCCGCCGCGAAAGCAGUCUGCUGCUGGGAAUAAGCUGCAGAAAGAGUUGCGGAUGACCAAUGGAGAGAAUGGGGAUGCUUCGGGAAUGCCAAGGAGGGGUAGGAAUAAGGAUAGAAUUCGGAGUGCUAGUAGAAGGGGCAAGAGAGUAUGGUCGAAGCUGUUGUGGGUGAAGCAAUCUUAUCCGGACAACUAUACCGAUCAAGCCACUUUCCUCGAGCACCUCCAGCGAAAUCCUCGUCUCCAACCGUACGAUUUUUGGCCUUUGGUCGCAGACUCAACCGUCAUAGUCCAGCAUGUCUGCUCCGUCAUCAUCUUCAUCGUCUGCUUUGUUGGCAUCUUCCAUAGACGCAUCGCGCCAGAGGCAGUAGUAGGCUGGGGUAGCGUUGCGACAAUUCUAGGCUGGGUGUUAUGGGAUUGGUGGGUAGGGCAAGAAGAAUCCUCCAAACCUCUGGCCCCAGCAAUUCCUCCUCCUCCACCAUCGUCCAUCUCAGCCGGUAGCUCUACAUCGAACUUGAAUGGAAAUCCCAUGCUCUCCCGGCACUCGAAGUCCGCCUCCACAUCCUCAAUCAAUUCUCAAGCCCUCCACUCAACCCCACGAGCCCCCAACUUCCCACCCUCCUCUCCCAUGAGCCACCGUACCUCUCUCCGUCUCUCAACCGCAAAAUCAGCGCUGCUAAUAUACUUUACUCUCCUGGGCCUCUCGCCAAUCCUCAAAUCCCUUACACGUUCUACUUCCUCUGACAGUAUCUGGGCAAUGUCCUUUAUGCUCUUCACAAUCAAUAUAUUCUUCUUCGACUACGGCACUCCAGCCCCAUCCUCUUCAAUAAAUACAGGGAACAAGAACAUACCAGCGAGUCUCAGCACAAACGCCGCGCUAAUGGCAAGUACGGUGCUUGCAUCCCGACUACCAAGCACGGGGCAAGUGUUUAGCCUGACACUGUUCAGUAUCGAGGUAUUCGGGCUGUUCCCAGUCUUCCGGCGCUAUGCGCGACAGCGCGAUUGGCGGGGUCACGUAGCGCUGACUUCUUUCCUUGUGGUCGGUGCUGGGGGCGGAGUAGGGUUGAUCUUGGGAAGGGGCGGGGAUGGAGAGGGGUUAUUGGAUUUUCCGUGGAAGAGUGGGCUGCUGGGGGUGUUGAUUGGGGUUGUGGGGACGGGGCUGGCGAUGGGGGGGUGUAGUUGGUGGCUGAUUGGGUUGCAAAAGUAUAAGAAUGAGAUUCAUGGGCCGUGGGAUCCAGCGAGGCCGGUUAUUAGGAGGCAGUGGGAUGAUUAUUAG